AUGAAGCUCGUCAGAUUUCUCAUGAAAUGCGCCAACGAAACCGUCACAAUCGAGCUCAAAAACGGCACCAUCGUCCACGGCACAAUCACCUCAGUCUCCCCACAAAUGAACACCGCUUUACGCGCCGUAAAGAUGACUACGAAAAACCGGUCGAAUCCAGGACAGGUCGGAGAGACAAUAUCGCUCGACACAAUCAAUAUUCGAGGCAGCACAAUUCGACAUUUUAUUUUGCCGGAUUCGUUGCCGUUAGAUACGUUGUUGAUUGAUGAUACGCCGAAGCCGAAGAAUAAGGCGAGGAAAGAUGCGGAUAGAGGUGGAAGAGGUGGUGGUGUUGGGGGCGGUAUGAGAGGUGGACGAGGUGGGAGAGGUGGUGGUGGAAGGGGUAUGGGUAGAGGUAGGGGGAGAGGAAGAGGAUUCUAG